CAGCGAGCGGGCGGCCACGCCUCUCCACGAGUCCAUGUUUGCAUGACGCAAGAGCCAACGUCACUCCUCCCGGUCUGGAGGCGGACGACUGCGCGAAGGCCCAAUACCCGACGCCACUCGGUCCACGCCACCACCGCAGACGCCAUGGAAGGAGACGCGCACCACCGGCCCUCCUCCUCCUCGUCGGGCCGCACCUUCCUCUCUGGCCUCUGCGCCGCCGCGCUCCGCCGCAAGCCCCUCUCCGCGCGCGCCUCUACCACCGCCUCCGGCGAGGGCCUCGUGCGGCAGCUCGGCGUCCUGGAGCUCGUGCUCCUCGGUAUCGGUGCGUCCAUCGGCGCCGGCAUCUUCGUCAUCACCGGAACCGUUGCCCGUGACGCCGGUCCAGGUGUUACGAUCAGUUUUGCUCUGGCUGGAGCUGCGUGUGUGCUCAAUGCCUUGUGCUAUGCUGAACUGGCAUCUCGUUUUCCUGCUGUUGUCGGGGGAGCAUACUUGUACACAUAUGCCGCGUUUAAUGAGCUCACGGCCUUCUUGGUGUUCACUCAGUUGAUGCUUGAUUACCACAUUGGCGCAGCAAGCAUUGCUCGUAGCUUAGCAAGCUAUUUUAUCCAAUUCGUGGAGCUUAUUCCAUCUGCAAAGGGUCAUGUUCCAAGUUGGAUUGGGCAUGGAGAAGAGUUUUUUGGUGGUGUUGUCUCAAUUAAUAUAUUGGCUCCGAUUCUUCUCAUCGCCUUAACUGCGAUUCUCUGCCGUGGUGUCAAAGAGUCGUCAGCAGUGAACACCUUUAUGACUACACUAAAGAUAAUCAUCGUUAUAGUUGUUGUAUUUGCUGGUGUGUUUGAGGUGGAUGUAUCAAACUGGUCACCAUUUAUGCCCAAUGGUUUCAAAGCUGUUGUAACUGGAUCUACAGUAGUCUUUUUUGCAUAUGUUGGAUUUGAUGCGGUUGCUAAUUCUGCUGAGGAAGCUAAAAAGCCACAGAGGGAUUUGCCUAUUGGCAUCCUGGGGAGCCUUGUAGUAUGUGUUGUACUAUAUGUUGCUGUGUGCUUGGUGAUUACUGGAAUGGUGCCAUAUACAUUACUUGGUGAAGAUGCUCCCUUGGCUGAGGCCUUUUCCGCUAAGGGUUUGAAAUUUGUUACUGUGUUGAUCAGCAUAGGGGCUGUUGCUGGUCUUACUACAACACUUCUUGUCGGUUUGUACGUUCAGUCACGUUUGUAUCUUGGGCUUGGAAGGGAUGGCCUGCUACCUUCGGUAUUUGCUAAAGUUCACCCAAUACGUCAUACUCCUCUGCAUUCUCAGAUCUGGGUUGGUUGUGUUGCAGCAGUCUUGGCUGGCCUCUUUAAUGUGCAUGCACUCUCACAUAUUCUCUCAGUUGGCACACUGACGGGCUACUCAGUUGUAUCAGCUUGUGUGAUCACACUUAGAUGGAGUGACAAGUCAACUAGUUAUCGCUCCCUUGGAAAUAUGUCAGUGUGGCAGGAGGGUGUUUUAUGUCUUGUCAUGGUGGCUCUCUGUGGUUUUGUAGCAGGAAUUUCGUACCGGUUUAGCUAUGCUAUUGCAUUCAUCAUUGUAGCUUUUCUGAUAGCUAUUGCUGCCAGUUUGGCUCUCCAGUUUCGACAGGUCUAUGUUCCUGUGGAUCCGCCUCGCUUUUCUUGUCCUGGAGUUCCUUUGGUUCCCGUGGUCUCUGUUUUCUUCAAUAUGUUUCUGUUUGCUCAGCUACAUGAAGAAGCUUGGUAUAGAUUUGUCAUCCUUAGUCUCAUCGCUGUGGGGGUCUAUGCCGGAUAUGGGCAGUACAACGCAGCUCCUUCCACUUCAGAUCACCCCUCUGUUGGUUACCAUGGAGUUCCUUCUGAAGCUGCAUGAUACUGUAUCGCAAGCCUCCAAGUUCAUCGGAAAAUUCUUGUACCAUGAGAUCUUCAGGAAAGCUGUGGCUAUACUUCUCUAGUCUCUACAUAGGGUUGUCCAUAGUCCGUAGUUCCAUGUGGGCAUGUGCAGUUGUGUACAAUGAUCUGUACUUCUAGUAUUACAGUUCAUAUGUAGUUGUAACAAAACUCUAAAGCAAAGUUGUAUGUGUUGUGUUGAAGAGAAAAAUGAUAUCAGAAGUUGCAGACAGAGAAAGUGAAGAUGUCUUUAUUUUUUUGAUAUAUCAACAGGGGGAUAGAAAUCCCCACAUGAA